AUGCAUGGCUCUUCCGAUCAUCAGUGGAGGAUUGAAUGGAUUCUUUUAUUCGGGCUACACGAUUUACUUCCGAAAGAUGGGAUGGGACCUUUCGACGCCUGGGAUAGCGUAUGCCUGUGGAAUGCUUGGUCGGAUUGGGGUCCAACAGCUUCUGCUACGUCUUGGAAUCUGGAGCAACGUGCCAAUGACCAUCCUCCAUUUGGUUUGCGCUCUGCUGAGCAUGAUAUACCGGGAUCAGCUGUGGGUGCCUUGGGCCUUGCGUUGCUCUUGGAACUGGUUGCGCUGAAUCUUUUCGAGUGUGCCUUUUCGAUUGAAUCCAUCACCUUCCAGAUGUUCUCUGACUCCGAAGCUGUCGCACGCAAAGCAACAGCGUCAGUGCUUUCAUGGUAUACCAUUGGCUACGCUUCUUCCGCCACUUACGGCGGGAUCCUGUAUGACCUCUUCAGCUGGUACGGCGUGGCAAUGUACCAUGUUGUCUCUACGGCCCUGAUGGUUAUCCUGUUUGCAAUGCUGCCCCCCGUCCAGAAUUCCUGGAAGACGUUUCGAGAUCGUGGUUCGACGGACAAAAGCAAGGAAGCUGGGCCUGAGCGGGAAAGCAACAUGAGUGCAGACUCUGCACAGUCAGCUCUUUCGGCAACCCUCCAAGUCGACGCAGACGUUCCGGUGGACGCCGCGGACGCCAAGCACUUGAACCUUGCAAUCUCGACCGGAGAGGGUGGCCCCGAGGGUGGCCCUGCCCCAGCUGAAGGCACAGGCCCAGCGCGCACACCCCUGCCGGUCCUGCCGGCGGCCCUGGUCACGGUGAGUUCUCUGGUGAACAACUUUGCUUAUCCCUCCUGUUGGAUCGUUUAUGCGAUCUUUUUCAAGGAGUACCAUGGAUGGAACCAGGCCACCUGGGCCGGCAUUGCGCAGACCAGCGGCGACCUCGUCGCUGCUUUCAUGAUCUCCCUGCCCAAGCGCCCGGCUGUUGAGCUGGAGAACGCCAAAGGGCUGAGAUGGAUGUGGCUUGCGAGCACCGGCCAGCCUUACAAUCUCAGCUGGCUGCUGCUGAUCUGGACCUGCUUGAAUCUGACCAUCACAAGCACGCUCUUGCCAGUGUCCGUUGCUGCACAAGUACUCAUGGGAACGGUCUACACCUACAACAUCAAGGCCAACACGGACCUGAACGUCUUCUACAGCCUGGGGUCUGCCGAGACUUUUAUGAGGCUGCAGGGCAUCACCCGAAAUGCAGAAGCGAUUGGGGCAUGCCUCGCAGGUGGGGUGCAGCUGGUGUUCUACGAGAUCGACCCCGUCCUUCCCUUCUAUGCGUCUGCUGCUCUGACCUUCUCCGGCCUGCUCAUUUGCACCAUGGGCUUCUGCCGCCGGGUGGGCUUCGGGCACAGCAUCGAGUCGGCUGAAGAGGGAAGGGCCAAGCGCCUGGGCUUUGCACGCAGCAAGUCCUGGGGGAGCGGCUCGACGAACAACCUGACGUCACCUUCUGGCAGCAGCGCAGUGGCAGACUUCAAGAAGCCGAAGUCCCGGCCGACUCUUUCGUGGAGCAACUCGGACCUGACGACACCUACGCGCAGCACCGUAGACUGGGCAGACCUGACAGACUUUGACUCACCGAAGUGCCACAACAAGAUGGCUCAAAGUCCCAGCAACGAAGAUCUGGCAGACCUGACAGGCUUUGAGUCACCGAAGUCCGAAAACAAGAUGAGCCUCUGA